CUCCUCCUGUUUUUUUUGUUUUUUUUUACACGGAGCGGUUGUGUGAAGGGACUGUGUGUUCCCCAGCUGAUCCAUCUCGACGAAAGACAGACCAUGAGCAAAGACUCGCAGAUGAGGGCUGCAAUCAACCAGAAGCUGAUAGAAAUGGGUGAACGGGAGCGGUUGAAAGAAUUGCUCAGGGCGAAGCUGGUGGAGUGUGGAUGGAAGGAUCAGCUGAAAGCUCACUGCAAAGAUGUGAUCAAAGAAAAGGGCCUGGAGCACGUCACAGUGGAGGACCUGGUCACAGACGUCACACCCAAAGGCAGAGCACUCGUACCGGACAGCGUGAAGAAAGAGCUCCUGCAGAGAAUCAGAGCUUUUCUAGCUCAACACGCCACCUUGUGAACGAGACGAUUCCCACCUAGACAUUUUUUUACUCACCGUAGAUCCACGAUUAAACUCCAAACUGAUGUUUGUUCUCAUUGUGAGCAAUGCUGAAGUGUUAUUUUUAUUUUGUAUUGUGUGUUUUCAUAUUGAUUUUAGUUUGUUAUGCAGCAGUUUUGGAAAGAAAAAAAAAAUAAAGUCAUGCCUAUUUUGGUCA